UAGACUGACAGGUAACUAAGUCACCUCUUGCAAGAAUAAAAAUCAAAUAAGCAGGCUCAGUACUACCGGAUAUUUACAUCAAUUAAAAUGGGACCCAAGAAAAAAGGAAAAGGAAAUAAAUUGGCACGGAUGUCAGAGGAAGAAAGAAUACGUUAUCUGCAACACAGAGCAGCAAUUGAAGAGGAAGCACGAAGGCGAAAGGAACAACUGGUUGCGACUUACUUAAAAAACAAAUUGAAGCGAGAGGAGGCAUUUUCAAGAUUGAAUAAUGCAAAAAUUAACCAACAGUGGAGACAUGUGCUUCGACAAAUCAAGAAUAAAGAUCUCAAGGAUGAUAUGAAGACUCUGUGGAGUACUUUUGAGACUGCAAUAAAAUGUAAAAAUAAAAUAAUUGAAACUUUACUCUUGGAUUUGGACGGUGCAGAGGCACAAUACAUGUUAUCUUUCAAGACACACUCUGAAAUGAUUAAAAAACUUAUAGAUAUGCAUGAGUCAAGACUCCAUGAUAUUCACGAGAAUUAUGAGAGCCAAAAAUCUGCAAUAUUAGACGAGGCUUAUAAAGAGCAGAAACACAUUCAGGCAGUAGCAAAUCAUGACCUCGAAUUACUUGGGACUGUGAAGUAUUUCACAGAAGUAAAUUCUGCAGAGAAACUGCAAGAGAGUGAAAAGGCAGCCACAGAACAGGAGGAUGAACUGCGCAACACGAUGCAGUGCCGCAUAGAGAAAAUGGAAGGUGCACAAAUAAAAACACUAGAAGCUCUGGCUAAGGAGUGCCAAAAAGUCUUGAGAAAUUACUCAGCUGUAAUUGAGCCGAUUACAGUUCAUUAUAAUGCUUUAAAAAUCAAAGAUGGCAUGAGCUCGUUGGAUAGAAUAGAGAAUAUGCGCUGUCUCCACAAGUAUAUGGAGACAAUAUCUCGACUGAAAAAGCAAAUUCAAGAUAUGAAAAUGAGUCAUAAAGCAAAUCUGGAAAACAUCAAGACUGAGCAGUCUGAUCUAACGUCAAAAUUCCAGAGGCUAAGAAAACAAAUGAAACUGCUCAAUGACGAUCAUGCUGCUGGAAUAAGGCAUCUGUCUGUUGUUAGUUCCUCUGUGAUAGCGGAAUUGAAAGUGCUUCUAGAAAAAGGCAGGCAAAUGCAACAGAUUUCAGAAAACUGUCAAAAACUGACAACCACCAGGGAGAAACUGCUUCCUAUCAUAACGAAGAUACAAAUCGCUGACUGUGAGAAUCAGCAUCCUCUGAAUGCAUGUGAUGAGAAGAUGCCUGAGCCAUACAACAAACUCCUCAGCUUUUGGCAAAAAUUUAACGAAUCAAAACUGGAAUGUGAGUUUCUCAAAAUGAAGUACACAGUGUGCAGCCAAGAGAACAAGGAGCUGAGAGAGAUGCUUCAGAACUACAUGGGAGCGCGACCUUCUACAAGUGCUAUACCAACAACUAAGCCCCUCAAUUGUUUGAUAAGAAGUCAGACGUAACUCUUUCACAUCUGUUGAUUGUUACGUAUAGUAUUACAAGAAAAAAACAACAACAAUAUUGAAACUAGUAUAAGAUGAAUCCUUUAAAAGGGUGAAAGAGGACGUGUUUAAUGGACUCAGGAAAUUCUAUGAGCAAAUUUUAUUUAAAGUUCCGAACCUCUUCGAGAAGUUCUGUCACAGUUUGUCUCAUUAAUCACCAGCACCAGUGGACACC